ACUCGAUUCUUUCCUCACUAGAAAAAGUGGAGCCGAACAAAGAAAGCACAGAGCGAGUAGAUUAGCAGUGAUAGUUUAUAGUGGCAAUAAUUGUUUGGUAAUCCCGGCGCCAGUGUUUCCAUCUACCAGCGAGCGCUGAAUUCCAAGAGAUCUCAUCUGCCCCUCGCCUCUCUCUCUCUCCGUCUCGUCCUCCUCGAGCCGUCACGGCGGCGGCCCUAGCUCUCUCUCCCUUAGUGUUAGUGCUGGUGUGCUGCAAGUUGUUUGGCUUUGGCCGUCUCCUUCCUUUCUGAGCGCAUAUAAGCGAGCAGCGUCUGGCCUUUGGGGGAGGCGGGGCCGCCGCUUUUUGGUUGCGCUCUCCCCUCCUCUCCCCCUCCCCUGCCUUUCCAUUGGAGCGCACAAAGCUGGACGGCACCACCAUUUAAAGAAGGCCAGGGGCACGGCGGAGGAGGAGGAGAAGAGGCCACCAGCUCACACUCCAUUCCCGCACGUUUGCCUCCUCUGCUUCCGCUGGCUCGGCGGACGAAUCGUUGGCGUCGGCUCAGGAAGUCUAGUGUGGACGUGUCUCAAAACUAAGUAUACUUUCAUUAGAAGAAAGAUCUAUUCAGUCAAGCUUUGCUAAUCAUCGUCAUAGUUUUGGAUGGCAUCCAUGGUUACUUCAAUGAGUUUAUGGCACCCUGGUUGUCGAGCUGAUCUGGGCUGUAUCACAAUGGAACUGUAAUAUUUCCCCCAAAAGUUUCCUCAUCUUCGGAGAACGUUCAAGGGGGGUUGAUAACUUAUAAGUGUUGUUCUGAAGCUUGAUGACGUGUUCGUGAGGGUUAAGUGAGAGUGAAAAUUUUCGUCUGGCAUGCAGAUGUCAACAGAUCCUAACCACUAUGGGGUAUUUCCACAUUCAUUCUGCAACCAACAUGUGGUUUCAUUUCAGACGAGUUCAGUUACCAGUGGAUCAGGAGGAGCCAUGCCAGUUUGUCUGGACACUUCCAGCGCAAUGAAUGUCAAUAUGGCGAUGUUGAACACUACAUCUUCCACAAUUGUAUCCACUGGUUCACCAAACAUGAUUCCUGAUUCUUCUGGCCAGAGCCUCAAGUAUAGUGCACCAAUGGCUGUGGAGUGGUCCUAUGCUGAGCUGCAAAUGUUGAAUGAUGGCCUCAUCAAGUAUGCAAAUGAACCGGGAAUCAUGAAGUACAUAAAGAUAGCAGCCACGUUACCAGACAAGACAGUAAGAGAUGUUGCCAUGAGAUGCCAAUGGAUGGCAGCGAGAAAAGAAGCUACAAGACGACGGAAGCCUGAAGAACACUAUCCUGGAAAAAAGAUAAAAGAUAGAAAGGACAAAAUGGCCGAGCCGUCAUCAUGGGUUACCAAUCCUCCAGUUCAGACUGACAUGAGAGCUUCUGCCUUUAUGCCUUGUAACACCAGACGCAAUAACGGAUUUCUAUCUGGAGACUCUCAAAUUGAUCGUGAAAUGCUAAAUAUAUUGGAAGAAAAUGCUCGACUUCUCAACGAAAUAGAAGUAAAUAUUUUGACUUCGCAGGCUCAGAACAACAUUGAUCUUUUCCAUCGCACAAGAAGGAACAUCAACGGUCUACUACAAAGCAUGAGCCAAAUUCCCGGAAUAAUGAGCAAGAUGCCCCCAUUGCCUGUUUCAGUGGAUGAAAGGCUAGCUAGUUACAUACUCCCUCGCUCUCCUAUGGCACAAGUUCUUGGCAGCAGUCAUUUGAAAGAAGAACCGAGAGUAUGGUAGACCAUUGCAGACAGUGCAGCGGCUCAAUUUUCAGCAAUAGUUUGAUCAAAAUAUCUGAAGAGCCAUGUGCUUGUACCUGCAUGGAGAAGCCCAGAUCGAAGAAAGGUCGUGCUUUUCUGAAAGCUAUGAAGCAACAUGAUCCACUGCGCCAUAUGGCCUUCAAAAACGCUGUCCAGCUUGCCUUCUCAAGAAGCUCUAUAUUGGUGAUUGAGAAUUUGAGAGGGGGAGAGUUUUCCGUAAACUGCAGUUUUCCUCACCCUGGUUGCACAUAUUGAUUCUUUUUUGGGUUUUCUCCUGGUGAUCGAUGUUAACAGAGGUGUAGCAUAGAUACUAAACUUGAUAUAUGAAUAAUUAGCAGGAAAAAGCUUAGCCUUUUUGUCAGUUACUAAAAGGUAACAACCUUCUGUGUGUAUCUACUAUAAUGCAUAUGCAAGCUCUAAACUGCAAUCUCUGACCUUCUGUA